UAGAGUUACUAAAUUACAAAUUAAUAACAAAUAUGAAUUCCAUCAACAACUUUUAUGGAGACGAGAACUUAUCAGAUGAACUUCUGAGUGAAGAUGUCGUGUCUUGUGAAGUAAGAGGAUCAGAAAAGAUCUUGCACAACAUGGGAAGAAAAUCUCUCAGUAAUAAGAAGCCCUCAAGCGGAGUGGAGUUGGACUUAGAGUCUCAGAAGAGUCUGAAUAAUAUUUCCAAGGAUAAAAUUUGUUCACAAGGAAGAUCUAUCUUUAGGCAGAAGAAGUCAAAGUCUUGUGAUCAAGUAGAAGAGCAUCACAAGAGUCUCAGAGGUAACACACCUCACUCUGAAUAUGAUUACGUACAACCUGGAACCUCACUGAAAUCAGAGAUCAGCAACCUCUUGAGAUACUCUGCUCAGCUCAGGAAAAAAUCUGAAAAUGCUUCACGCUACACCAAAUUUCCUUCAGAAGAUCAUAAUCAAGUUUAUGGAGACUGAUAUUUGGUCACGAUGAGAGAUAUUGAUGCUCUCUAGGCAGAUUACAUUAAUAAUUCCUAUUUAAUUACUUUUUCAACA